GUUGUGUUUGGUACUACUCAGGAGGGUGCUGUAGAUAACUUAGACCAGGUACUGCUGUUGAGAAAGAGUUUUGAGAAGAGAGGGUUGACAUUUUAUAUUCAUAUUGACGGUGCUUGGGGUGGAUACUUUGCAACUAUUCUCAGAACUCCAGGGCCAUCUAAGUAAACAUUUUACCAAGCAGCUGAGUGUUAUGCACCAGGCGAACUCUGUAACCUUGGAUCCUCAUAAAAGUGGGUUUUGCCCUUAUCCUGCUGGUGGUUUAUUAUACAGGAAUGGAAAUAUCCGAAAGUUUCUGGCCCAGAAAGCUGCGUAUGUGAACCAUGGAACAGGGAAUAAUGAAGAGAUAAAUCUGUUUGGUAUCGAUGGGUCCAAACCUGGAGCUGCAAGUGCAGGGGUCUGGUUAUCCCACAAGGUUAUAGGUCUUCACAAUAUGGGAUAUGGAUUGUUGUUGGAACAAUGUACUUUCUCUGCUGGUAUUAUGUACUCGCUAUGGGUCAGCUUAGAGAGAUCAGUUGACCCCUUCCUUGUUGUCCCUGCUAUCCCUGUUCUGGAGGAGUUUAAUGGCUGGAGUAAACCCAAGAUAAGACGUGAAAUACUUCAGGCAGAAAACUGGAGAUUGCAAAUGAAUACCGAGGCUAUGAAGUUUAUAAAUGAGAAUGGACCAGACACUCUAAUCAAUUGUUUGUCUCUCAAUGUCAGAAAAUGGAAUGCAGAGUUGAGUGUAUGGGAGAACAAUACUGAUUGUGAUCUGCAGAGGAGAUUUGUCAAGAACUUUUAUAAACGAUGUUCUCAUUCUUUUGAGCGGCCUAACAUGGUUGACAGAGGUAUUCAGAUUAUUUUAAACGCAACUUCCUGGGGAAAGGAGAGUCAUAGUGGAGCAUAUCAAGAAAUGAAGAACUCCCUUGGACUGGAUGCUAAAGGUGAUGGAAGUAUAGCUGUUAUUAUAAAUACUUGUAUGUCGCCCUGGCUCAGAGCUCAAAAAACCUUCCAGCGGAUCGGAGUUAUUCUCAGAAAUGAACUUUACAAUGCAUACGGGGCGAUUUUUGAUGAACCUGAAGAGCUUUAUUUUGUAUCCCCUUGUUCUAUGUUUGAGAAGGACUGGAGUGGGGAAGUUUUUGCUGAACUAGAGGCCUCCUUCAGUAACCCUAGUCUGAGAUACCAUGCAAUUGGCAUGUUCAAGUUUCCUAAAUCUAUUCUUGAAAAAAUCCGAGAUCUUGCAACCAAAGCUCAUCAGCAGGAAAUAAACUCCGGGAAUAGUAAACCUAUGAGGAUAAAGACAAGAUCUAAGAUGACUGUCUUCCAAUUUAUGACCGGGGGGGAUACCGAGUGCGUAAACCAACCCAGAAUCCCUGAUUCUGAAGCCGGCAAAUCAGAUAUCUUGAAGAAACCAUUAAAUGAAAAGCUUGAGGAGUACAGUGAGGAUUGUCUUGACUAUGACGAUAUUGCUAUGCCAGAAGUUGGUGUUACUGUUUACUUUGAUGAAGUAAACCCUGUAGAAACUAAACUCAAAAUGAAAAGAAUUAUAAGGUAUCAUCAUCUGACUCGAGAUAUUGUUGAUGAGAAAGAUUAUCCCCCUUCACAGGAAUAUUUUCUAUACUCAGACAAACAGCAGUUUGGAUUUACAUAUAAAACCCACUGCCCCAAUCGUUGGCCUGAUUUCCAACAGCAGAUUCAACUAGAUGAUAUUCCUCGACUAGCUGGAGACCCUGAACAACAACUUACAGAAUCAGAUUGUCUUUACCAGGAGGCUCUAAGAAGGGGAGUGGUAGUGUAUCUUCCUCAGAUUGAAAAUGGCGGAAGACCUCUUUUAAGCAACAAAUCUGCAAACACGUGUCGUGAUCCGCUUAAACAACAUUUAUAUAAUGCCGUCUCAUGGUCGGAUCAGGGAGCAUUUACAGGAGACAUGCAUUCUAUCACCUUGAAAUUCUUCUGUCAGUGGAGCAAGCGUUGGUUUAACGGAAAAAAUAUCAAUAAAGGCUAUAACAGGGAAUCUGAGCCCCACAUGUACAACCAGGCUGGUGAGAGAAGAGAUGCCAAGGAUCUAGAAUCCGAAGACGAACAAGAGGAUUAACUUAAUCCACAUAUUGAAGAGGUGGAUAGUUAUGAAUGUGAUUUAAUUUUUCCGAUUUUAAGCUUAAAAUGCUAUAACGGAACUUAUUAUAGAUUAUAAGAGUUUUGAACCGAUUGAGUUGAAUGCCUCAAAUUAAAUUUCAAGAAGCAAACUUUUAAAAAAUCAUAAAGAGAUUUUAAUAUGAACGUUUUGCAAUAUAACAAAAUAUCCCCAACAUGUAUUGCAGAAAAAAAAAAAUUAGUUUUCCUGUACACCAGUAUUUCGAUAAAACGUUUCACGUACAGUUUCCCCUUUCUUUGGACAGGCGUGUUGGAUAAACUGAUUUUGCACGGAGAUAGCCAAGGUCAAGAACUACCUCUAACUUUCAGAUACCUCCUUUCGUUAAAGAGUUAUUACUCUUCAAAGUCAACCCGACCAACA